AUGUCCAAUGUCAACGUCAUCGGAUCCGGUGUUCUUGGCCUCACCUGUGCUCUCGAGCUCGCCAAACAGCCCGGAUCACCAUACCGUGUCACUGUGGUGACCGCCGAAAACGCUAUGGCUAGAUGGUCUCAAGACCCGUCCACGAAGCUUCCAGUGGAGCCCGAUUUUGCUUCUCCUUGGGCGGGCGCUUUCUUCCACCCCUUCACUCCACAACCCGAGACCGAGCUACAGAAAAGGGUGGCCUCAUGGGAGAGGAAGUCGUUUAAGCCUCUUUGGGAGAUCGCUGAGCAAGAUCCUUCGGUCGUCAUGAAAACCGACUUCAAAAAGUAUUACAACCAUCCGUUGUCCGAAUUACCGUGGUAUAUGGAUCUGUUCCCAGAGGCUCGAAAAAUGAACGCCGAAGAAAUAGCGAAUGGACCCGAAGGAAAAGUCGACGGCCUGAUCUGCAAAUCGGUGACCCUGAACCCGAUCCGGUACCUAGAUUACCUUCGACAACAACUAGCCAAAUAUGACGUCCGCAUCAUUCACCAUCGUCUCGAGACCGUCACUGAGGCUUUUGAGGGCCAUCCCGAGUGCGGUCUACCGGCGGCAAAGAUAGUGAUCAAUGCGUGUGGUCUAGGCGCGGGCAAGAUAGGGGGCGUGUCGGACGGAAUGAUGGAGCCGAUUCGCGGCCAGACCAUGCUCAUCCGCCCCCCUCAACCGCUCCAACUGAUCACACGGGACGACGAGAAAUGUAUCUACAUCUGUUCCCGUCCACCCACGAUCCCGGGAGAAGGCGAAGAGGUCGUCCUGGGAGGCUCUUAUCAACCUGGCGACUCCUCAUUGGAGAUCGAUGACCAAAUCUCUCAUAGGAUCUUGUCCGAGGCACUCAAAAUCAGGCCCGAUCUCAGCCAUGACGGCACGGUUGAAGGCGUCCAAAUAGUGGAACAUGUCGCGGCUCUGAGACCUCAUAAUAAGAAUGGCCCUCGUGUCGAACGUGAAGAUUUCCACAUUAAAUCUACUAGUCAAGGAGAGACUCAGAAUUCAACUGGGAUAUUGGUCCAUUGUUAUGGAAUCGGGGGAGGAGGAUUCCAAGCAAGCUAUGGGGUUGCAGAAGAAGUGAGAAAUCUAGUAGAACAAGGCCGGUCUUGA